AUGGGCGCUAUGGAGGACUUUCCUGCGCCCACGGUGCAUGCCCCUUUACAACCAGCGUCUUCCUCCCUGCUCACACGACGUCGCAAAUCUCGCUCGCAUUCCACAAGUCGGUCGUCAGUCGACCAAACGUCCCCGGAAGUUAUUACGUCUUUAAUUUCGUCCCUGUCUACCAUCUCUGUUCCCCUCCAAUCUCAUUUCGAUAACGUUCCGCGCCUCGACUUAGAUACGGAUCCAUCUUCCCCCAUAUUUUCAGUAUUCUUCCCAUCGGAGCCACAACCUCCUACAGAGCAGCACUCAUCAGGCGAUCAUGGGUUCGGGAUAAGCUACGGAGCGCAACAGCUUUCAGAGCAAGAGACGCAUAGCCCGUUUCUACAUCCGGACGAUGCAGCAGCUGCUCCGGUCAUUCGCAUGGCCAGGGCACCUCCAUCUCCAAAGACGAAAAGCACUUUCGGCCCUUCUCUAUCGUCGGUGCGACCCGCUUCCAGGAGCUCAUACACGUCGGCCAAAGCUGCGUGCGAGGACAGCGCAUUCGGCAUGAUCACAGCCGAGCCCGGCCCCCGAGUCUCCACAGCACCCAGUAUCGCAUCUACGGCUUCUGGAGGCCGAAAAAGUCUGAAAAGCCAGCUUGGACUGCUGAAGAAAUCCUCGCGCGAAUUCAUGAACGAUAAGGAAAAACAGACAGAUCGUCUACGGAAAACGAGUAGUUACAACGACAGCCUAAGGCAUAACAUUCCCCGCAAUAGGACCAGCUUGCGCUCUAUGCAUUCUAUGGCUGACGUUGCCGAGGAGGCGCGACUGGAUCAUUUCUCCAAGGGCAUCCAUAGUGAAACUGCCGUCAGUGCCCCGCCUAGCAGAGAACGCCAGUCAUCGCACAGCGCCCGAGGGAGUGUAAGCAGCACGCCUGGAGGUAUCGGGAGUGGAAGGGUCAUUCCUGCGCGCGAGUCCUCCUUGCGUCACAGUUUCUCUUCCAGCCCGAGGAAGCGCAGAUCCACUCGUCAUACCAGGUAUUCAUCCACUGCUAGCAGGGAUACGAAAGUUGAGUCCAGCCCCGGCGAAGCUGGCAACGAAGCAGAACAGGUCACGAAGAGAAUCCAAGAAUUGAAGGAUCAGCAGCAAAGGAUCAAAACCGAAUUGGAAACAGACGACAGCCCAGACAAGUGUUCCAAGGAUUCCUCAACUAGGCCAAGUCAGCCCCUUAGGACAUCAAGCCACACAAGCUAUCACCCAUAUGCGGAUGGAAGAGAAGCCGUCGUGUUUGAUGAGAGUGCUCCGGCACCCGCCGUAAUGACCGGGAAGAGCAGAACAACGGCGCGAAGUGACUCUCCGCUGACAUCCAAAACUCCCAACUUGCCACUGCAUAGGCAAUCUUUCGAUAAGCCAGAUCAGAAUGAUAAACUUCGCUCCAGACGAUCAUUGGAGUCUUCGGCCCCGAAGCGACACCACAAACGUGCCCCAUCCGGGCCUGCGUCUCCAGUCCAUGCUUCGGUCAGCGACGAACGACCGUCGAGUGCCGACUCAAUAGAUCUCGCAGUAUUAGAGUAUAUCUCAUCGCCCAAACUUACUCAAAAAGUUCCCCACCCAACAACAGGCCGCGCCAUAGCAUUUUCUGAAGUUGGAGACCCGAAGGGCCACGUUGUAUUGUGCUGCCUCGGUAUGGGCCUGACCAGGUAUCUGAUGGCGUUUUACGACGAGUUGGCGCGGUCUCUCAAUCUCCGACUAGUGACCUUGGAUCGCCCCGGAGUAGGCGAAAGCGCACCUUAUACAGAGGAGGCAGCAAAUCCUCUCAGCUGGCCUGACGAUGUCGCAAUAGUGUGUAAUCACCUCAAGGUCAACAAGUUUUCGAUACUGGCUCAUUCUGCCGGAGCGAUUUAUGCGCUGGCAACGGCAUUGAGGAUCCCACAACACAUCCGCGGCCGUAUCCACCUUCUGGCUCCUUGGAUUCCGCCCUCUCAAUUAUCGAGCAUGGGGCCGCACAAGGAACCUGUACCUACCAACGCUGUUCCGUAUUCCCAACGGAUUCUGCGAGCUUUGCCUGCGUCAUUCCUGAAGGUCGCCAACUCGAGUUUCAUGAGCGCCGCAAGCGCUAGUCUCACCUCCAGUUUGCCGAAAGCUCCUCGCCGCACCCGUCGCAAGACAACCUCAAAAGAUAUGUCCCCUGCGUUAGCGACGGAGCCGAAAGGGCCCGGGCGGGCUCAGUCCAAGAUACAUCAACAGGGGGGCGAUAUCAAAGCACUACAGGAUUUGAAGGCGCCGGUCGUCUCUCAAAGAACAGAUGUUAAGCAGGUUGAAGUCACCACGAGCCAGACAGCCAUAAUCUCAUCCGAAGAACGCGAACGCCAGAGCGAUUAUGAUAACAGGCUGACCCACAAGAUAUGGGAGCUGGCCACAACGAACGCAAACCCGGCAGUUGAUCUUUUAGUCUGCCUAGAACGCCGCCAAACGAUUGGCUUCCGCUAUGUGGACAUCACUCGCAAUGUUGUCAUCCACCACGGAAGUAGAGAUACUCGUGUCCCUGUCGACAACGUCCGUUGGUUGGGCAAAGGCAUGCGACGUUGCGAAGUGCGAGUCCUCGAGGGCGAAGGCCACGGAUUAAUGGCUUCUGCCACCGUUAUGGGUAAUGUGCUGAUGGAGAUCGCGAAAGAGUGGGAGGACUGGAUGACCGUGGUCCAGGGCAGGCGACGAGGGACAGUGGGACCGCGUCCAGGUUUCGCCUUGCCGACAUGA